AUGCAAGAACACAAGAAUCGUAAAAUCUCGAAAGUAGAGCGUUUAACGUUGUAACGUUGUUUUCACAGUACAAAAUGUUUCCUUUUUUUUAUCCAAAUUUCUAACAAUACAAUUAUCCAUAUUUUCACAAAAAAUGUAAUGUUUGAAAGCGAGCUUCUCAUUCUACGGAAUCAGCCAUUGCUAUUUACAUUGCUUAGUAUCUGUUCGUAGAUGAUGUUUCAAUCAAAGAAGUAGAAACCACCACCGUGAUUUUUAUCAACGUUAACAAAUACGAAUAAUCAGACCUGAAAGAAGCAUCUGUGCACCAGUCGAAAUCUCAUACACGUUAAAUCAUCUUCAAGUUCCAAACUUGAGCAAUAGUAUUGCCAAAUAAUCUCGAAAGUACACCUUUACAUUUACAUCUUGUAUGAAACUUGAUCUCGUACAAAUUUAUAAUAUACGAAAGAAUAUAUUCCAUCAAUUGAAAUAAAAAAAAAAAAAGAAAAAAUACGAAUUCUAUUACGGAAAAAAAAAAAAAAAAAAAAAAGAAAUACUUUUUUCAUCGGUGAUUGAUAAAUGAAUUUACGUUCGCAGAAGUUCGAAAGAUCGCGCGAAAAUAUCCAGAAGCUGCGGGGAGAAAGACGAGUGGAAGAAAUGGCCAGUCGUUGGCAAUCCCGAUCCAGCACCGAUUCUCACUAUCGGGACAGGACAGGGGACAGAAUGGUGAUGCCGAAUGGCCCUGCCCUACCCUAUCCUGACCCAAUAAUGCAAAUCGGGAACAGCCAUCUUGCAACGCUGCUGGCUGGGGAAGAAGCGGAAGUCGUGUUCACAGCGGGUGGAACGUCGAUUUCCGGUUGGACUGAUGAAAUCCUCUUCUUGCUUGGACCUCGAGCCUCGAUACCUGUUUUUGUCUCAUCUCAACGCGAAAACUUUGAACGUCCCCUCGCACCUUCUCUCAUUUUUGCAAAAUUAAACUUCCCUGCUGAAACUAUUUUUUUCUACUGUGAAGCAGUGUGUCUGAUUUUCUAA